UGUUUAAAAAAAUACAAAACAUUUUCUGGUUUGGCAGCAAAGGCACAUUCCAGUGUGCUUUGUGCUAGUAUAAGCCUUAUCCCUUUGGAUUUUAUGUUUGGAGCGCCCGAAAUUUGUACAAGUUAAAUAAAUCUAAAAAAAAAACAAAAAAAUUCUUUUGAUCGUGCAAUGUGGAAAACUGCAGACAUGGGUGACGCAAUGUUAAAUGGUAAAACAGUGAUUUUGUGUGCUUUGCAAGAGACUCUUGGCUCCUCAACUGUUGGGACGACAACUCCAGUGACAAAAAGAAGAAUUGUAAUGACGCCAAAGCGUAAUGUUGUGACUCUGUUGCAGUCAACAACAACAACAGAGCAAGUUGAAGUUUCCACGCAGACGUCCAAUCAAUGUUUGCCCACGGUGGAGCCGACGUCAACAGCAAAACAUGAUCCGCUUAUUAUGCGUUUGCAGCGUGAUAUCAACAGUCCCAGCGCAUCAGUGCGCAUGCGAGCGUUGCAUGCGCUAAAAAGUCCCAUGAAGAAUGUUUAUUGCAAUUUCGAUGUGCCACAUGCUGAGCAAAGCAUCAUCACAGCCGAGGAGCGUAAUGUUGCCCCAGCACCAACGUUGUCGGAUAUACUAAAAGAUGUCAUUGUUUAUGUAGAGGUGCGCACUGGCAACGAUAAUCGCUCCGAAGGCGUCAAGUCAAUUAUAGCCAAGCUGGGCGCACAGGUCAACGAUCGUCUGUUGCGUAAUACCACACAUGUUGUGUUUAAGGAUGGAUUAUUGUCCACAUAUAAGCGUGCUCAGAGCUGGAGUAUACCAAUUGUAUCUAUAUUAUGGAUUGAGGCCUGCAAAGUGCAACGACGGCUCUGUGAGCCCGAAAAAUUUCCUAUUAGCAAUAUGCACAAAUACGAAUAUCCCGAGCUAUACGGCAAGCUAACGCGUGUGCGCUGCAUACAACCAGACUCUGAGCUCAAUAGAAGGCCACGCAAACGUCCAGCCACGCCUACUGGUGCAAAGGAUAAUGAGUCUGCGAAGCAGCUAACGCCAACUACACCAAAGAACGCUAUAACGCGCUUCUUUAAGCCUCUAAGUCAAAGUAAACUGGCUAAUGAGCCCGCAAUAGAGUCGCCAGCUACGCUGCUGCUCAACAGAAUCAGUAGUGGCUGUUUUACGCCAGCUGCUGCUCCACAGACCGCGACAGAUACACUUGCCAGCGGCGAUGAUAAACGCAAUAGCUCGCUUGCUCCGCAGUGCUUGAAUUUCAGUCCAGCCACAGCUCGUAGCGAGUCGCCCAGGCGUAAGACUCGUCGCAGCACUGUGGAACAGCCCGCAGUGUCUACGCCACCAGUGCGCAGCAGCACUCGUCGUCGCAGCUCACUGCAAGUCAGCAGCAGUACUUCCUUGGAGCUGUCUGUGCAUAAAGUGCAAUCAGAGUUGUGUUUAACGCGUAGACGCAGCCUAUUAAAUAUGAAUAAGAUGAGCAGUGUGGAGGAGCAACCAAGUCAGCCGCCGGCAGAGCCGGAACCCAGACUUACACGACGACGCAGCUGCUCACAGCUACAGCUAUCUGUAGACAGCACACCCAAGCUUAGUCGUAAGCCCAAAUUUCAAUCUAUAUGUGAAGAGCAGCCUAUUGUGGAGACACCACCAACGCAAACGAAUCAAACAAACUAUGCGCACGAACCCAUGGAUAUUAUGCAAUCUGCAGCGCAGACUAUAAGUCAACCACCUGGAAGACGCACCAUUUAUAGCACACAUCAUAUGGAUAUAAGCAAAGAAAACGAUGAGAAUACUAAUCCAGAUCAAACUCUGCGCAAACUGAAAGGUCUAUUGGCAAAUGUCACCACGCAGACUUCAGAUGAGAGCUUUGUAAAUACGACGCCGUUGUUCAGCUCAACACGUUUGCCAGGCGGCUUAUCGGCGAGCAGAAGCGCCUCACGUCGCUCAUUAUUCAAUGUCGAUAUGGAUUUGAUAAAUGAACGUAUCCACAAAUUGAAUAAUACGGCAGAGAAGCGUAAAUUGGAAUUGGCAAAUGACGCCGAGUUGGGUCAAUGUCAUGUCUUGGCGCCACUGCAGGCAGUAGCUGGUGGUGACAAUCAGCAGCAGGCACCCAAUCCGGACAAACCCAAAAUGCGGCGACUUUUUACACCCAAUGAGGAGGUGAUAGUAUCGCCGCCACAGUCCAGCAAAAAGUCACGCAAAAGCAUAAGCCAAAGCAGCAAUUCCAGCGGUACAGGAAGCUCUGUAAAGCGUCGUCGCACAUUGGCAGCGCCGGUGCAAACGCUCAAGCCCUUGGCAGCUGUAGAUCCAAACCAGCAGGAUGCGCAGAAGGAACAGUUCAUUACACCUGAAACCUCAGAGGGAGAGCAGCCUAAUAAGCCACAAACGCCUAAAGCAACAAAAAGAGCAGAAGUCAGCACGCCCACAGCCAAGCGGCGGUCUUUAAUAGCCAUGGUGCACACCAACAUGCAUCGGGAUCAAGUGCAGGUUAUACACAAGACCAUACGCAAACUGCGCGGUGUGCGCUUGGAUCCGGCAGUUACCAAGUCCACCACACACUUGGUGAGCCUCGAACCACGUCGUACUCUAAAUCUGCUGCGCGGACUUAUGCGCGGCGUGUGGAUCUUGAGCUACAAGUGGGUACUGGAUUCUCUGAAGGCGGGCAAGUGGCUCAAUGAAGAGCCCUACGAACUGACAGUGUUCUCAAGAGCUGUAGAGAUUUGUCGCGCAGAGCGUCAGGCCUUUGGUAUAUCCUAUCGAUGUGAACUCUUUCGUUAUAUGGAAACCUUUUAUGUAUCUUCGCUAUGUCGUCCCAUUACUUUUAACAAUGUUAAGGAGUUGCUGCUACUGGGCAGCGCCAAGUUAACAGAGAAUCGCUAUAAGGCCAAAUUUAUAAUAGGCGACAAGCGACGUGCGGAGGAUGAUCGCAUUUAUUUAUCGCCCGUUUGGGUGCUGGACAGCAUUACGGCCAUGCAAGUGCAAAAGUUUGGAAAAUAUUUUAUGAAGAGCGCCAUUGUAACGCCACACGGCAUACGAUAUGAGAAUCCGCCAGAGAGGGAAACAAGUCCUCUACGCAAGUCAACUGUAGUCUACAGAGAUCCGGCGUUGGUGUUGGACCGUUAAAUUCAAAUUACUUUAUAGAUUUAUGCAUUAUAUAUUCCUUUCCGGCUCGUCAUAAUUUAUCUUUUGGCGUUUUGUUUUAAAUUCAAAACAAAUUUUGUUUUAAAAUGAUUGAUGCUAGAACAGUAAUUGAAACAAAUUAAACAGAAUUCAAUUUGUGUUGCAAUCUAAACCAUUUAUUGUAACUAUUUAUUUAUUCUUUAACUGCAAUUUAAAUGCAUUUGAGGUAAACAUUGUUACUAUCUUUUAGUUGUUGUUUUUCAGUUGUACUUGCUUUUUGUACUUUCGACAGUUUUACUUUUGGCUGAGGGAGGAAGCAUACGUGCAAUGCAAUUAAAAAAAAAAAACUGAAAAUUCAAUCCAAGCUAAAAUUAAAUCCAACAUAAAUAAAUACAAAAGUAGUACUUUUAUUUGUAAAUAAAGUUAUCUCAUCUCAAAUCUUGUGUAUUUCUCUUUUUUAAUAAUAUAUUUUUUAGUGUACAAAGUAGUGCGUGCAAAAGAGGAUAAGAUAAUAAAAUCAAAAAAUUAACUUUUAAACCGAAUGAAUAUAUAUGGGCAUACAUAGAGUGGAUAAAUGCUAUUUGUUAAAACACGCCUGCGCUCUACUUACUAAUC